GCGGGAGGCUGGGGUGUGGAAAGUGUGGUGGCCCCCGCCCCGUGUUUUGGAGCUGCCGCGGCCGCCGCCGCCGCCUCAGCUGUUGUCGCCGCAGCUGUGGGGUCUGGCGCGGGUUAGCAGGCAAAAGGCGCUCUUUCCCCACUAAAAGUUCCCUCGGAAAAGCUACCAUCUGUCUAGUCCACCAUGGCGGAUGAAGUUGAUUUCACUACUGGAGAUGCUGGGGCUUCCAGCACUUACCCUAUGCAGUGCUCGGCCCUGCGCAAAAACGGCUUCGUGGUGCUCAAAGGACGACCAUGCAAAAUAGUGGAGAUGUCAACUUCCAAAACUGGAAAGCACGGUCAUGCCAAGGUUCACCUUGUUGGAAUUGAUAUUUUCACGGGCAAAAAGUAUGAAGAUAUUUGUCCUUCUACUCACAACAUGGAUGUUCCAAAUAUUAAGAGAAAUGAUUAUCAACUGAUAUGCAUUCAGGAUGGUUACCUUUCCCUGCUGACAGAAAGUGGUGAAGUUCGUGAGGAUCUUAAGUUGCCAGAAGGUGAACUAGGCAAAGAGAUAGAAGGAAAAUACAAUGCAGGUGAAGAUGUACAGGUGUCUGUAAUGUGUGCAAUGAGUGAAGAAUAUGCUGUAGCCAUAAAGCCCUGCAAAUAAAUGGAAUCAUCAGGCAUGAGCAAACUGUUUAGGUCUGGAUCAACUGCAGAUCUAAAGUUUGGUUCUAAGUUGUCACCAAAGCUAUGGCCUUCAUAAGCAACCUCAUUUCUUUUUAAUUGUUUUGAAAUUGUGCUGGGUUAGUUUUGCAGGGAAUUGGCAAUUUAAAAAAAUAAUCAAGAUGUAUAAUUCUGUUUUUUAAUUUUGUAGGUGUCUUUCCUGUAACAUUCCUGUGGUUUUCAAUAUGUGAGUCCAAGAAAAAGAUAAGGUAGCUUUAGCAGAUGUGCUUUAUCUGAACAAAUCAUUCCUGAAUUUUAGUUAAAUGAUAAACCAGGGUUUUAAUCAAGCAAUGUAGCAUCUAGUGGUAUUGAAGUACCACAUAUAAGUUGGAUUGUUCUGUAUUUAUUUCAGACAUAAUAUCAUAGAAUAAAUAGAUUUAUGGAUUAGAAUUGUCACAUUUUCAACUUGUGUGUGGCAAGCACAAAUCUUUAAGAUAAACAAAAAUCAUGUUAUCAAAAAUGGUCAGUUACCUUGGUGGCUGUGUGCAACUAACCACCUGUAUUACCUCGGUUGUACUAUUCUUUGCCAAAUUGUUGGCAAACUUAAUACAACCUUAUAUGGUUUUAGUACCUGCUUCUGGUUGACAGAGGGACAUUGCACUAAUGGGUGAAUAUUAGUAAGUUAAAUUGUAAAGAAGACACAAGGGACAGUGGCAAAGAGGAUUGGUUAAAGCUGUGUUUUCAUUUGAGGCCUUUUCGUAAUCAGCAUGAAAAAUAGAAAGUUGCCUUUUGUGUGUGCUCUUAACUUUUGUUUUCCAUUUCUCUCUGUGUCAUUCUCUCGUUCUCUAUGUAGAGGAGUAACCUGCUUUGCAGGAAACUAUGCAGUGCUUUUUUUCCAACCACAUUUGAGUAGGUGUUGGUAUUUAUCAGUAAUCACUCCUUUCUAACCAUUUUUAAGUAGGUAUUUUGACCUUAAAAUAUUUGUCAGACAAAAACUGGAAAUUCUUAUUUAAAAUUGAUUUAGAAGGUUUGUUAAAUUAUGUACAUUUUUUCUAACAUGAAAUGAAAGCAAAUCAUGGAAGAAAUGUUACUCUUACAAUAUUUAUUUUAAGAAGUAUAUACAUUUUUUUGAUUGUCAUGUGACUUAAUUCAGUAACUGAUGUGAAACAUAACUAGGAAAAAAUUCCAUAAACUGAAUUAUUUUAAAAGGUGUUUUAGGUGAUAACUGCUGCAUUUCUGUUUCAUCUUUUGGAUCAUAUAUGUCUUAUUGCCAAAUCUAGACAUAGUUACAGUGUUUGUGAGGACCUUAAAAGAGUCAAUAACAAUCAUUAUAUAGGAGUCAAAUGUAGAACAAAAUCACUAUUUCAGUAAUACCUUGAUUCUCUUAAGACUGGUUGUGAGACCUCUCCCAAUAUGCCUUGACCUCUAAAUGGCCUUUGUUCCUGUCAUCUAGACGAAAAUAUAUAUGCUGCUGUAACUGAUCUGAUCAGUGACUGGAAAUAGCAUUAGGAGCAGAAGAUCCCAUGGUUUUAGUUGCUUAAUUUGUGCAUGCUUUAAAAUCUUGUAUUCUCCUCAGCAAACCCGAAGCAAGAUACUUUUAAUUAAGAGAGUACGAGGAGGAAAGAGGAGAAUUGUAGAGCACAAGAAAUAUUGUGGUUGUAGUUAAUCAUUUUUAGUGUAACAUUUUAUGUAGCUUUUGCCCAUCAAAAGCACAAUUAGGAAUUAGGCUAAAUUCUUUCCAGUAUUCUAUUUAAAUAUCUACUACAUACUGCUCCAGUUUUUGUUACUCUGUAAUGCAUAUCUUACUUGCUACUGGUUGGCAUUGUUACCCACAGGAAUUCUAGAAAGUUAUCAGUCUGUGCUGCUUGCUGGCCAUUCAUAUGGCUCUAGUUAACCAUACUAGUGUUCUGGCUUAAUAUUUAUUCUGGAUUAGCAUGCACUUGUUCUUCCUAACUAGUCAAACUUCACAUUAAUAUACGUUCAUUUGCAAUGUAAGGGUGUACAAAUUAUAACAAUGCAUCUCUGUCUUCAUAUCUUGAAUGGCAAAAGCUAUUUAUGCAUGAAUAUUUCAUCUUGUAUACUAUAUGAAAUGUAAAUACUCUUCUAAGUAUAGAUUUUAAAGAUACAGGACUGUUUAUUUUCACAUAAGUCAAUGGAUGUUUCUCUAGAACAAAGUAUUUCAUUUAGUAAAGCUUUACAAAUUGUUUUAAAAAGAAGCAGGAAGCAUUUUUAACAGAACAGAAGUGACUUCAUUCUUUUUUGACAUCAGAGAACUGUUAAAAGUUGAUCUUCAGUAUUUGUUGUACUUUUUUUGUAGCAAAUGCUAAAUAUCUCUGGUUACCAUGUAUAGAAUGUAGACUGUCAUGCUGAUUAUACAGUGAUGCACCAUUUUUGUCAGCAAGCAUUUCACCAGUUUAUGUACAGUAUUAAUAGGUCAAAUGUGUAUUUCUUUCUAGAACAUCAGUUUAUUGCUACUGUGACAGACUUUGUUGUAUCUUAUUUGCUACAAAGUUGUAUACCCUCUGAAAUAGAUCAAAUCAUUGGUACUUUGACUUAGCAUUUGCAUCAUAAACAUAAUUAUGAUGUUUCUUUCAUGCUCCCCUCCAAGGGCUGCCAGUUACUUAACAAACUUGCUAAUGAAGUUCUUGACUGUUUCCAAUUAUGGUACACGCUUCUGUACCAAUGCUUUAUAUUACUUACCAAAACUUCCUGCAGCCAGAGCAUGCUAUCCUUAAGAGGAGAUGCUGCAGUAAAAUGCUUAGUCUAUACAGUUUGAGGACAGUUUUUCAUUACAGCACAAUAUGAAUGUGUGCAUGCACACACGUAGCUUUUUGUAUGUUUGUUCGUUUUUCAAAGUCUUUCCAACUCUUAAAAGUACUGUAGUCUGGUAGUGCCUCAAAAUGUUGGUAACUUUUUUUUUCUUUACAACUUUUCCAGAAUUUGUUUUUGUACUUCAGGAUUUCUCAACUAGGUAUUUCUAGUUGAGCUGUAAUUUGAAUGCAUUGUUCUCAGGGUUGUUUGUGCUAAGAGCUGAAGUUUUAUUGUUUUAAAGCUAACUGCCUGAAAGUAUAUUGCAAAAUUUUCCCAAAUUGUAAUACAGUGAUACUUACAAAUAAAAAAUCCUUAAUAUCAGCGUACUUAAAUACACACUAGGUAUUCUAGGGGAAGAAAAUGGAAACAUUACUAACAUAUAUACUGGAAUCUUGCCAUAUUUGUUCACUUUAGAAUAGAAUUUGGUAGUCUUAUCUUGGAACCCUAACCUUAGUGAUGUCUCUAAAAGCAUUCCUUUGACAUGGACCCCAAAGAUAGUUUUAGAGCCAGACAUUAAUGUAUUGGUUCUCAAACAUAUUUAGGGACAACAAAUAGAAAAUUCAUAAUGCCCUUUUGGCUACGUUAAAAUGUUUACGUAUUGAAUUCUAUAAUGUGAACUAGGAACACAAAUUUACUAUGAUAAAAUGUACCUCUUAAACAGUAUAAGAGCAAAACUAUGGGCAUAUUUCCAUUACAGAAGAAGCUAUUGAGCUAAGCAUGAUCAACAGUUUCAAAUUUUCUAAUAUUAGGCAUACUAUUUCAUAGUUUUCAAGCCUUUUUUUCUCCUAGCAGUCCAACAAGUAAUAGGCAACAAAGGCUUAAGACAAAUUUAUGGUGGAAAAAUCUUAAAAUUGAGAGAAUUCAAUCUAUUAACUUUAUCACUUUUUCUCUGAAUUGGUUAUAUGGCAUCACUAUUUGAUUUUAGCAGGGAACAUUUGGAUUUAGUUUACGGAACACAGAUGUUUUGCGGGAACAUGGCUUGAAGUCACUAUGUAAUUUAAUGUUUUCCAUUAAAAAAAAUCUGAACAUCAGCUUCACUACCAAGGGAGGUCAGGUGCCUGAGAAUUGCUGUAUACAUCGAAUUAGCACGUUUUCCUUAGGUGAAAAUGUGUCUUACAGCCAGCCAUAUCAGGCUCUCACCUGCUAGAAACGUCCUUGUUGCCAAACUUUGCUAUCCACCAGUAUCCCCUACCCCUUCCUUAGAACAGGUGGAAACCUAGUUUAAAAGAGAAGUUUGUUUGUUUGUUUUUUUUUAAUAUAAAGUCCCUACAACUAUUUCUCAAUAUUGGUAGCCUUAGGUUUAUGUUAGUUCAAGAUUGUACUUUUUAAAUACUCUCAACACUAAACUGUAUUUAGUGAUGACUGUACAACUUGUCAUAAGUCACAGUUGUGGUCUUUCUUGAGAGGAAUUCUUUACUGUGGAUAAUAUCUACUAUCAAUAAGCAUUCUUGUGCUUGUUACAAAGUAUAAUGCAAGUAUUCUAUACUAGUGUAAUGAAAAUGACUAGUUCUAUACUAUUAUGUACUUUUGAAAUAAAAUGUGUCCUCCUCCCACAAAAAUGGAAAUAGUUGAAAUGGCAUUGUCUAAUACAGUGGCACUUUAUUAGUAAUAAUUUUAUUUGUCCUCAGUGUAGGAGAACUCUUGUAUUUACCUGCAGAGACUCAUGUUUUAGCUAAAACUUUAAAAUUGCAAGAUAGGUAAUAUGAGUAUUAUAAUUGUGCAUUUUACAUUUAAAAAAUGGUAAAAUUCAAGUGUUAAGACUUUGGCUAUACUAAAAUAAUUGUUGAAAUUCUUUAAAAUGUAGGUGGUAAACUCAUCAGUUACAAUUUUUGUUAUAAAAUAUGAUAUUUGUCUGUUAACUUCUUUAGUUAAAUAAAAAUAAUUUAACAGC